AGAUUAAAAAUGGGAGCAAUGUCUAAAUUUGACAAGGUCCGGUUGCUUGCUUCUGUGCUCUCUUUCAAGCACUAUGGGCCUGGUCUAUGCGGGAUGUUUGCAUUUAUAGCCAUCAUCAAAUGGUAUAGCAGGACAAUCAAAGCAUCGAGGAAGGCCUUAAUGCCAAAGACGAAACAAAAGCCGAAAGACAAAGUGCACGUUGAUGGAGCAUUUUUCCGCAAACUUUGGCGUAUACUCAAAAUUCUUGUGCCAAGCCCAUUUUGUGGAGAGGUAUUCUAUCUAGUUCUUAUAGCUGUAGCAUUACUCUCAAGAACAUAUGCUGAUCUUUAUAUGAUCACAAAAACUACAAGAAUCGAAGCAACAAUCAUAGACAGAGAUCAAAUACAGUUCAUCUUGGAUUUGGUAAAAUAUAUUUUGGCGCUUCCAGCAAUUUCCGUGACAAAUACUGUCCUAAAGUUUGGUCUAAGCGAGUUGAAACUAAGAUUCCGUGAGCGACUGACCAAACAUCUCUACGGACAAUAUCUGAAUGGCUUUACAUUCUACAAAAUGUCCAAUCUUGACAAUCGAAUCCAAAACGCUGAUCAACUAUUGACCCAGGACGUGGAUAAAUUCUGUGAAGGACUAGUCGAACUUUACUCAAAUGUCACCAAGCCCCUAGCUGAUGUGGGCCUCUACGUUACUCGACUUGGUGGAGCUCUCGGAUGGGAAGCACCAACAAUUCUAUUCGCUUAUCUAAUCGCUUCUGGAGUAUUCCUCACCUAUCUUCGGCGACCGAUUGGGCGAUUAACAGUGGAAGAACAAGCGCUAGAGGGCGAAUUCCGCUUUGUAAACUCUCGUCUUAUAAUGAACAGUGAAGAAAUCGCUUUCUAUCAGGGUAAUGAUCGAGAACGCGUCUCCAUUCUUGGGUCAUUCGGCAACCUUGUCAGUCAUUUGAGAAAAGUGAUAUUAUUCAGAUUCUCCAUAGGUUGUGUAGACAACAUCAUAGCUAAAUAUCUUGCCAGUGUGGUUGGAUGGUAUGCAGUUAGCCGACCCUUCAAUGACAAAAACAAUGAAAAUUUCAAUAAGAAGACCAAAACCGACCUGAUCGAGGAGCUUUACAAUUCUGGUCGCAUGAUGUUGAAACUGGCAGAAGCAUUAGGUCGUUUGGCACUGGCUGGAAGAGAGAUGACCAGAUUAUCCGGAUUCACUUCCAGAGUUGACACUCUACUCAAUGUAAUUGAAGAUCUAGGUCAUGGCUCCUAUGAACGCACGAUGAUAAGUGACAAGAGCGAUUCGGACGACGAACGAAAGCAUUUGGCAAUUAGGGACUUGAAACCCGGUGCAGGCCAUCUCAUCAUCCAAGACAAUGUGAUUCGUUUCGAACACGUCCCACUGGUAACUCCCAAUGGUGAUGUUCUCAUUGAUGAUCUCAAUCUUGUGGUGCCAUCUGGAACGAACGUACUUGUUUGUGGUCCGAAUGGAUGCGGGAAGAGCUCAUUGUUCCGAAUUUUGGGAGAAUUAUGGCCAUUGUUUGGUGGAACUCUCACUAAGCCGGCAAAGGGAAAAUUGUUUUAUGUACCUCAGAGACCUUACAUGACUUUGGGGACCCUACGAGAUCAAGUGAUCUACCCAGACAGACCUAUGGACAUGUUGAAAAAAGGAUACACUGACAAAGACCUUGAGGAGAUGCUGGCACACGUACAACUUUCGCACAUUCUCGUUCGAGAAGGUGGAUGGAAUGCUGUGCAGGAUUGGAUGGAUGUUCUAUCCGGCGGAGAAAAACAGAGAAUCGCCAUGGCUCGUCUAUUCUAUCACAGACCGCAAUUUGCAAUUCUCGACGAGUGCACUUCAGCGGUCAGCGUUGAUGUUGAAGGCGCUAUGUACAAAAUCUGUCGUGAAAUGGGCAUCACUCUAUUCACAGUCUCACAUCGUAAAUCAUUAUGGGUUCAUCAUGAGUAUUACCUACACAUGGACGGUCGUGGAUCCUAUCAAUUCGAGAAAAUCGACGAAAAUACUGCAAUGUUUGGAUCUUGAGAAAGCGAGCUCCCCACUUGACUUGAGAGCUUCAAAUAUCUGAAAAACUGAUGAACUAGUCUAUGCUCGUGCCUUUCUGUUAAAUUGUGCAUGUUUUGAGUGCUAUCAUACUCUCUUGUUUCGUUGUUAUGCCUUGAUUUAUCUAUUUCUAAACCGUGAUCGUACUCCUACAGCGCGUUUACAAUACCCUUACAGUAGGUGAAUGACUCGUAUGUCGCCUGCACA